AUGGCACCAUCAAAGAAGGAAGAAGACCCGGAAAUUAUUUUAACGCGAGCGCGCGCAAAACGUGAUGUUCUAUUGAAGUCAAUUAACCGUAUUCACGAUACCGCAGUAGAGGCACGUGAUGAUAUCAGUAAAGUUCCGGCAUUAGUUAUUCACGCCGAAGACUUAAAUGAUUUCGUCGGACAAUUCCAGUAUCAACAAGAUAUUAUUAUUGACGCAUUAAUCGGCGUAAACCGUGUUCCCGAAUUUGAACAAGAUGAUCAUCCGUUGAUUUCGACCAUGGACUCCUUGCGUCUCGAAAUCAAAACGAUUCUCGCGAGUGCCGUUCCCGUGAGUGCCGUUCCCGCGAGUGCCGCUCCCGCGAAUGUUUCCGAAAUUAAAUCGUCGCCGUCGUCAUCCAUCGCCUCCGCGUCACAACAAUUUAUUUCGUUACCGAAAAUCGAUUUACCUACGUUCGACGGUAAUCUAUUAGAGUGGCGUUCUUAUCGCGACAUUUUUGUUUCUCUCGUGCACGAUAACAGUCUCAUAGGUGACGCACAACGUUUUCAUUUUUUAUUGGCGAGCUUAAAAGGUGACGCGUUGAAAGUCAUUAAAUCCAUACCACUGUCUGCAAACAAUUACGCUCUCGCGUGGGAUGCAAUAUCGAAGCGUUUUGACAACAAACGUCUAUUAGCUUCCGCACAUUUAGAUAAGUUAUUUGCCUUUAAGCCGAUCGAACGCGAAUCGCUACCAUCGUUGUUAUCAUUCGUCGACACGUUCAAAGAAAAUGUGUCGCUAAUCAAGUCGCUCGGUGUCAAUGACCUCUCUAGUUUUUUGCUAUUUCACAUAGGAUCUCGGGCUCUCGAUGCAUCCACGAUACAAUUAUUCGAAUCCAGUAUCUCUCCGUCGACUAUUCCUACGUUCGACGAACUACUCGAUUUUGUCCAGCAGCGGUGUCGAGUAUUGGAAAACAUAAAAGGUUCUAGUAAUUUCGACAGUAAACCCGCUAGUACAGUAAAACCGCGCGACAAGUAUAAUAAUACUCGUAAAGUCACGGCACCCAGGAAAUCAGUUUUUGCCGCCACCACAUCUACAGCCAAGUCAAAAGCGAGGAGUUGCCCGGCAUGCGAUAAGACCGACCAUAGCAUCUACCAAUGUACAAAGUUCAACGAUAUGACCGUCGAACAGCGCCGUGAACUCGUAGUGUCACGGAAACUAUGUUUCGCGUGCAUGAGCCCAAAUCACAUGCUGACUGCGUGCGUGUCAACAAAAGGGUGUCGCUCGUGCAAUAGCAAACGUCACCAUUCUAUGCUACAUUUUAACUACGACCGGAAAGCAGUCGUGGGUACCAGCUCAGAUCCACCCGCCGAACAAUCGAGUUCGUUCUCGGGUGCCGCGUGCACCAACUCCACAGUCGUACUCGGUACUGCAAUAGUACACAUUAGGGACGCCUGGGACCAGAUUCAUUCAGUUCGAGUGCUACUCGACAGUGGCUCUCAAAUUUCGGCCAUGACUACUGAUUGUUUCGCUCGGUUAGGCCUGUCUAAACGUCGUUUUAAAACCAACAUCGUCGGUCUCGCGCAAAGUCCCGUGAAUCACGUACAAGGCGUAACCAGUUGUCGAUUUUCGCCACACUUCAAUUCAGAUUUAUUUCCGUCAGUUGAUUUAGUUAUUCUUACGCGAAUCACCGCCGUUAUGCCGUCUACGCGGUUACCAGCAAGUGUACGUUCUAAGUACCAACACCUCUGUCUCGCCGACAACAAUUUCGACAUUCCGUCGCGCGUCGACGUCCUAUUCGGCGCCGACAUAUUACCAAGUCUUGUUCGCGCACACGCCGGCGUCGAGCAUCAUCCCGGACUUCCAUCGGCAUUGGACACUCAACUCGGUUGGAUAGUUUUUGGAUCACUCUCUACACCGAAAUCGUCAUCCUUAUCCGCGUUGACCACUGCCGUAAGUCCGCCGCCGAUUGGGGAUUUAAUGCAGAAGUUUUGGCUGGUCGAAGAACCUGCCGCCCCAUCGACGCCCACAACAGAGGACCAAUGGUGUGAAGAAUAUUUCAAGACGUCUACCUCACGUGAUACGACAGGUCGAUUUUGUGUCGCCCUGCCAUUUCGACAUUUGUUCACCGACUCAAAUCAACGUCAAGAUACAACACCGCGUCACGGUCUCAGUGACUCGCGCUCCAUAGCGUUAAAACGAUUUUAUAAUUUAGAAAAACGGUUGACCAAUGACUCCGUUUUAUACGCGGCCUACCGAAAGUUCAUGUCAACGUAUCAAUCGUUAGGACACAUGGUACCAGCUCCGGCACCGGGCACAUAUUUUAUCCCGCAUCACGCCGUACUCAAGGCCGACGGUGACGUGUCCAAAAUACGCGUCGUGUUCGACGCUUCGUCCGCUUCGUCAUCCGGUCGCUCUCUCAACGACGUCUUGUGCACCGGACCGAAACUACAAGUCGACUUACGCGACAUACUACUUCGUUGCCGCAUGCAUAGGUACAUUUUGUCCGCUGACAUUGUCAAGAUGUAUCGACAAAUUUUAAUUCGCCCGGAAGAUCGUACAUUUCAACACAUAUUUUGGCGCGACUCACCCACCGACGAACUCGUCGAAUUUCAACUAUGCACUGUCACGUACGGCCUCAACUGCGCGCCGUAUCUCGCCAUACGCUGUCUUCACGAGCUCGAUCGCCAAGAAGGUCACCGCUUUCCAUUAGCGAAGGACGUACUUACUCGAGCCGCCUACGUCGACGACAUCGUUAUCGGGGCUGACACUGAAGAGCUCUUAUUACGUCGAAAAGAAGAUAUUGUUGGUCUACUACGCAGCGGCGCUUGUACAUUGAGCAAGUGGACUAGCAACAGUACCGCCGUACUUGAAUCUGUGCCGUUCGAGGACCGAGUACAAUCUAUGUCAUUCGACCCGCGAGAGGAACACGCCGUGAAGGUUCUCGGCCUACAUUGGGACACAAAUACCGACAGCUUCGCAUACCAUACCAGCCUUCAACAAACGUCGUCCACAAAACGUCAGGUGUUGUCGAUCAUCGCGCGUUUGUUCGAUCCCAUCGGUGCGCUCGGCCCGAUGUUGUUGUGGGCAAAGUGCUUCAUGCAGUUAUUAUGGUGUACAAAACUCGGCUGGGACGAUCGGAUGCCCGACGAGUUGCAGUCCAUGUGGCAACAGUUUUGCGCGGAGCUGCCACUAGUAUUCGAUUUAAAUCUACCACGUCACAUUGACGUCACCUGUCAUCAGGACAUCCAGCUACUCGGCUUCGCGGACGCAUCAGUCAAGGGUUAUGCGGCCGUCAUUUACCUUCGCAUCGUCGACACCGCCGGCAACACCUCUGUGAAAUUCCUCACCAGCAAAACCAAGGUUGCCCCCCUGAAGAGUUCUGCCGCCGACGAAUCGCUAUCCAUACCGCGCUUAGAGUUGUGUGGCGCCCUGCUACUUGCCCGCACGCUUCAUCACGUGUAUUCCGUGUUGUCCAGCGAAAUUACCGUAUCUCGUUUGCGAGCGUGGUCGGAUUCAUCAGUCGUUUUGUCAUGGUUGACGUCAGACCAAAAACAUUUCAAGAUUUUUGUAACCAACCGGGUUGCCAAAAUACGUCAAUUAGUACCUGACUGCAGCUGGAAUUACGUAUCAACGAACGACAACCCCGCGGACCCCGCCUCUCGUGGACUCUUACCGAAGUCAAUGUUGUCCUUGUCCGUGUACUGGGACGGUCCUGAGUUCCUACAACUUCCCGAAGACCAAUGGCCACAAUCAAAAUUUAUUCCGCUCGCUCCGGAACAGCUGCCCGACACUCGACCUAAUGUCGUCACAACAUUGGCCGUCCACACUCAUUCGCCGUCGUUGGACUUCAUCGGCCGGUUUUCAUCGCUCGACAAAAUGCUGCGAGUGUUGUCGUACAUCUCCCGUUAUUUGUCUCACCGUUUACGACGACAGCCGAUCCGCGUCGGUCCUAUCACGUUCGCCGAGCGACAAACGUCGCUAUCAAUCACCGUACAGCGUACACAACAAUAUUAUUUUGCCGAUCUGAUCAAAACGUUAAAAAAUAAGUCUACGAUUACCCCCCCAUCUUUGGCACAAUUAGCACCAUAUAUCGACGACAACAACAUUGUACGAGUCGGCGGCCGUCUGCGUUUUUCCGGCGCCAGCUACGACGCGAAGCACCCGAUGUUACUACCGCGAUCUUCGCACCUCACCGAGUUGAUCAUUCGACACUACCACUUGUCAUUUUUGCACGGCGGAUCAAGGCUGAUACUAUCCAUGUUGAACCAAAAAUAUUGGAUAUUGUCAGGUCGCGCGGCAGUUCGACGUGCCAUCUUUUCGUGCGUUCCGUGCACACGACAUAAGGCUGUCCGCCCUCAUCCAUUGAUGGCUGACCUACCAUCCUACCGAGUUCAACCUCACCGUCCGUUCUCACACGUCGGUAUGGACUACGGAGGGCCGUUCCUCGUUAAGGAACACCGUCGUCGAAAUGCACAUUCGGUCAAGGUCUACCUCGCCUUAUUUAUUUGCAAGGUGGCAUCGUCACAGAAACAUGGCCCGCAAAGUUGA